CAUAGCAAGGUAAAACAUUCUCUCUCACCUCUCUCGCUAUCUCCCUUUUCUAUCUCGUUGACUUGCCGUUUACCAGCGUUGGUUCUGCAGUUUUCACUCGUCGUCCUUCUCGUCUCCAUUUGAUCUUCUGCAAUUCUCGCUGUUUCAGGCCUCACCGUAGUUCUGUAGGCAGAGCUUUUAUGUGAGGGAUCUUGAGAUUGAGGCGCAAUUGAGGAAACUGUGGGAUUUAAAAUACUUAUUGAGAUACACAAAGUCGUGGGAAGUGUGAAAGGUCGUCAACCCAUAACUCAUAAUGGUUGUUCUGUCUGAAUUUUCUGAAGGAUCCUCAUCUUCUUCAUCAACUCAUGAUCAUAGAUAUGAUGUAUUUUUAAGUUUUAGAGGUGUUGACACUCGUAAGAGUUUCACUAAUCACCUUUAUAAUGCCCUCACUCAUGCCAAUAUCACCACCUUCUUGGAUGAUGAAGAGAUUGAAACUGGGGAAGAUCUGAAACCAGAAUUGGAGAGUGCUAUUAGAGGGUCUAGGGCUUCUGUUGUCGUGUUGUCUGAAAAUUAUGCUAUUUCCACUUGGUGUCUUGAUGAACUGGUAUUGAUCCUUGAGCAACGUAUGAAAUGCAACAAUGUUGUAAUCCCCAUCUAUUAUCAUGUUGAGCCCACCCAUGUCAGGAAGCAAGAAAAUAGCUUUGGAGAGGCAAUGGCUAAGCAUAGACAGAUGAUAGAGGCUGAGACAGAUGAAAAUAAAAGAAAUCAAUGGGCUCAAAAGAUAGAGCUUUGGAAUAAAGCGCUUAGAGAAGUUGCUGAUUUAAAAGGGAAGGAUGCAAAUGGCAGGCUAGAGGUGGAGUUCAUUGAUGAAAUUGUCAAGGACAUCUUCCGUAGAUUGCACAUAUCCUCAAGGUUUCCACUACCACAACUUAUUGGGAUGAAAGAUUCCAUUAAAUUCAUCAUAUCAUGGUUGAAAGAUGCAUCAUCACAUAUGCCAGAUAUACUUACUAUUUUGGGUAUGGGUGGGAUUGGGAAGACGUCUUUAGCCAAAUAUGUCUAUGUGCUACAUUCUCAUGAAUUUGACAAAAGCAGCUUCAUUGCAGAUAUCAGUAGGCGAUGUGAUGAAAAAUAUAAUGGGAUGAUUGAUGUACAAAAACAACUCUAUGGUGACAUUUCCAAACCAAGUUUAGUUCAAAUUCGUGAUGUUUCUAUAUACACCUCAAUGAUAGAGAGUGUAGUAGCCCGUAAAAAGGUGUUUCUAGUUCUUGAUGAUAUUAGUAGUAUCGAUCAGCUAGAUGCGUUACUUGGAAGCAAAAGGUUUCACCCAGGAAGCAAAAUUCUAAUAACAACAAAGGAUGCAUGGUUGACACAGAGUUGUUCACCAUUCAAAACAAAGAUUAAACCCAAUCAUGCAGAGCACAAGCUUGAAGGCUUGUCUACUACUGAAUCACAAAAACUUUUGUGUUUUCAUGCAUUCAUGUGCAACGAUCCCAAGCCUGGUUAUGAAGAGGUGUCACAAAAAAUUGUGAAAUAUUGUGAAGGACAUCCUAUGGCUCUUAAAGUUUUGGGUAGGUCUCUACAUAAUCGAGAUGUAACUUAUUGGGAGGGUUACAUAGACAGACUGAAGAAAGAAAAUGAUUCCCCUAUAAAUAAUAUCUUGAGAAUGAGCUUUGAUUCUUUUCCAUCAGAAAAUGAUAAGGACUUAUUUAAGUAUAUUGCUUGUACUUUUGUUGGAAUGGAUAGAGAUGAUGUCGUAACAAUAUUAGAGGCAUGUGGUAUAGAAACAAAAAUUGGGAUCACGAAUCUCAUCGAUAAAUGCCUUCUUAGUAUCGGAUGGAAUAAUGAAUUGAUGAUGCAUCAGUUAGUUCAAGAGAUGGGAAGAUUUUUGGUACGUGAAGAAUCACUUUACAAACCAUGGGAACGAAGUCGAUUAUGGGGCCAUGAGUCGUUUAUGGUAUUGGAUCAAGAAAAGGGUACGAAAAAUGUUCUAGGCCUUACCCUUGACAUGAGAAUGCUUGAGAAAAAGAAGUUAAAUGGAUCACUUGAGUUCAAAACAGAUGCAUUGAGUAAGAUGGAUAGGCUAAUGCUUCUACAACUUAAUUAUGUUCAAAUAAUGGGCUCUUACAAGAAUUUCCCAAAAGAAUUAAGAUGGUUGUGUAUGCAUGGGUUCCCUUUGAAAUCUAUACCUUCAGACUUAUCAAUGGAGAAUGUGGUUGCUCUUGACAUGUCAUAUAGCAACAUUGAAUCAUUUGAGAUUUGUUAUAGCUAUCCACAACGACUUCAUAAGAGGCUAAAGCAAUUGAUUGGAUCAUGCACAAAAGACAAAAGAUUGCUUGGAUCAUUGAAAAUUCUUAAUUUAAGUUUCUGUGAACAGAUUCGUAGUGUUCGUGGCUUCGAUCACCUCCCUAAACUUGAGAGUUUAAUACUCAAAGGCUGUAUUGGAUUGCUUGAGGUUUGUGAAUCAAUUGAACAAUGUUUUGAACUUGUCCUCAUUGAUCUGAGCUACUGCAAGAAGCUUGAAAAACUUCCAAGAAGCUUAGGGAUGUUAAAGAAAGUUAAAACACUAUUGCUAAACGGUUGUUAUAUCGGUGAAUCUCAAAUCAAGAUUAGGGAUAUGGAUUCAUCGGAAAUGUUGAAGUCUAACAAUAUUCGCAUAAACACAAUAACGUCUUCGUCCACUGUUGUUCUCCACGCUAUGCCAAGUUAUUCAAAGUUUUCUGUGAUUUCUUUACCGAGAUCUUUAGUAAGGUUGUCACUUGAGAAUAAUAAUUUGUCCACUGAAUCCUUUCCCACGGACUUCAGUUGCCUGUAUAUGCUAAAAAAGUUAUAUCUGGAUGAAAAUCCUAUCGUUUCCCUGCCUAGUUGUGUGAAAACCCUUCCUAGGCUUGAGACACUUAGUAUGAGAGAUUGUAAAAUGCUGACAACAGUCGAGCAUCUUCCACAUACACUCACACAUUUAAACCUUCAUUUUGAUUCUAAUAAACCUUUGCUACGAAAAGUUGUAUUUGAUCCACAAAUGUCUCCACUCCAGUUCUCACUAGGACGGAGGAUCGUGGCAUUUUCAUCAUUUGAAUGUGAAGGCAUGGUGAAAAUCCAACCAAUGGCAGGGGUUGAGGAAAAGCUAUUAUGUAGUUUGGGUUGGACUAAGCUAGACUUUCUUAACGGAAAGCACGUGACAACUUCUUCUAGUUAUGGAGAAUCAGAGGAAUCUGAAAUCCAGAUGUAUUACGAAUUUGGAAUAUUCAGCACAAUUUAUGAAGGCCAAGAGAUGCCGAAUUGGAUUACAGAUAGAACCACAGGGCUAUCGAUGUCAUUUACCAUCCCAUCAUCUCCUAACCACCUCACUGGAAUAAAUUUUUGUUGUCAGUUGGCUUCUCCAUUUCCUGAUGAGAAGCUUGUAUUAGUAGAUUAUGUUCUCCUUGAUUUUCCGGUGAUCAAACUUAGUAAUAUAACAAAGAAUCUCACCUGGAUAUACGACCAUUACAUUGACAGUGUCUAUGCAGGUGGAGAUUGUGUAAUAUUGUUAAGCCAUUGGAUGUUUGGGAUGAAUGAGAUGGAAUGUGGUGACCACGUUAUUGUUAGUGUGAGGUGGGCACCGGAUGAUAUUGGUGAUGCAGUUAGCAAGGAGUGUGGGGUGAGUUUUGUGUAUGAUGAUGGAAAAAAAGAAGAAGAAAAAGAAGAAGAAGAAGAUGUGCUGGGUUAUUACAAGUCAUGGAAUCACAUCAUUGGUGGAGAUCUCACUGCAUUCCAAACAACAACAGGAGAAUACAUCCUAAGCAAAGAUCGCAUUCUGUGGCCUAGCCUUGAUAUAGCUCUACUGAACUAUUAUUAUCUGUGUGUAGAAGGCGCCCACUUUAAAGAUAAAAUAUUUUCCUUUAAAGCUUUGUCCCAAAGGAAGUCUGGCGUACCAGUGGAUCAUGGCCCAUAAGCAAUAAAUAUAUAAAUGUAUUUCCAGCUGGCAGUGAAGGCAAUACUUUUUCACUCAGCAGACUUACACUUUCCUUUCCUCAUCUCUAUGCAGUCUUCUUUCAGGUUAUGGCAGGAUGCUGAGAGCAGAAUAUUAUUAUCUCAUUUGCUUAUGAUGAAUUUCAAAGAGAUAUUUGCUUCUAGGGAUUUAGAAAGAAGAAUUGUGGAAGUUGAGAUGGAAAUAACACUAGCAAAAAGUCGAGGUUUCUUCAGAAACAGCCUGGUUUCUCUUCCAUAUAUUUGAUGAGCUUCAAAAAAUAGCACUGCUUGAAACAAGCAAUGCUGACUUACAGAAGCAGCUUCAAGAACAUCAAGUCAACUUUUAACAUUUGACCAAGCAAGCAACUCAGCAAAAGGUAAAUAGUUACUCAUAUUCUGUUUCAAAAAAAUUCAAGUAGAUUACCAUAGAAUGUCCUAACGAAAAAAGUGAAAGUACAAUUCUUAAUUGGUGACUUCUUUUCCUUCAUUGUCUCAAAAGUUAAAUUACAAUGGUGUAAUAGAGUUAAGUUUACAAUUAAAAAAACUAGAUGACACCACCAUUUCUCUAUAAGAAUCAAAGAUGAUCUUGUGUUGUUCUCCCAAUAAUCUUAUUUCUGAUUUUGUUUAGGUUUCAUAUUAUGGUCUUGGACUAAUGGAAUCAUGUUGCGAUUUUGUUGGUCAUGUUCUUCACCCUUUUGACAAGCUUAAUGUUGAUUUUGUUUAUGUUUAAACACCAGUGACCAAAAUCCUUAUUUUUCAUCAUUGAAGGACUGCUAAUGAUCUCAUAUGCGGAAGCAAGGGAUUUUAAUUUAGUUUAAUAUUGAUGAUUUUACUACUUAAGUUUAAUUAUGAUGAUUUGAUUUCUUGAAUCACUUAUAGUUUAAGCAUAUGGAAUGACAAUGUGAAAUCCUUUAUGAUUUAUAUAGUGUUUAAAAAUGUAAAUGCACUAAAGUCACUAUUUAUUUAUUUAUUUUUGCAAUUUAAUCA